CUUGCAAUAACAGGUUAAUAUUUAUUAAAAUGCAAAGCUGUGUAAAAUUUGACAUGUGGACUUUUACAACACUCCUAUACAGUAAAUAAUACAAAUUACAUGAAAAAAAUGUACAGCGAACCACAGCUUUAUGUUGCUAAUGUUGCUAAUGUUCCUAAACAUAUCAUGUAACAGGUUGUUUCAGCAAUUAUACUUUUUUUUACGACUAGGCUCACAAGGCUAGUCUUAUUGGUUCUUAUGUUUCUUACCCGUGUAUUGCUUCUGCAGUAAUAAUUAGGUCAAAGUCUGAAAUGUUAAUCCUUUGCUAUGUGUUUCUGCUUAACAUCUUGAUUACAGCUUGUGCUGACAUGAGAAUGUUUCUUCUUUAACUGCCUAAAUAGUACACUGCACACAGAAGUUGUUUAGCUUAUCUUAUCUUGGGUCAUAAAGCUAGUUGUGCAGUAAAAGAAAAGUGAGUCUUUAAGGAAUAUCUUGUCAGCUUAGCCCUCUUUAGCCUACUAUAAUAUAAAUGCCAAGGAGCUGUACUGUACACAUGUAGUUCCAAUCUGGUGUGAAUUACGAUAUGCUAGCAACGCUAAUUAUACAGCUAAAUUAGCUGUAGCUACUAGCCAGUUUGCUAGCCUAAUAAAAAUAAGCAUGUUAAAUAAGUAUGCCCCAGUUGCUGUGGUCAACAAACAAUGUUAGCUUUUAAAAAUGGUGGCAGUCCUACUACUUUAUAUAGUCCUACUCUGCUGCUCAUCUUAGCAGACAUAGCCUAAUGUGUCAUAUGCGUCAUAAAACAAUUGUACUAGUUAAUUAUUUAAGUCUAUUUAAGCAUAUAUAGCUAUAUAAUGAAUUAAACCUUGUUCCUUAGCAUAGCUUAGCUUAUUUUAGUUUUCCUAUUCCCGUAAAGCUAAUCCAUGGGUGAAUUUGGUCUCACCCCACCAGUAAAUGUAUUUUUCUUGUGUUAGCACAUAAAGCUAUCCAGCAUCCAAUGGUCAGUUAGCGUAGCUUAUUGAAACCUUUACAGUGAAAAUGCAGAACCAACCACUGUAUCUCAGUAAAGGCAAUGUACAGUGAAACGUUAGCUGUGCUCUACUGUUCACUCCAAACCAAUGACAUAGAUUACAUUUACUUUGCCCAUGUGUUUUCUUAAUCAACAAGUUACAAAUUAAAUUUUAUGAAGCAUAAAUAUAGAACUACUUUUAUUUUUAUCCUCUGUUAAUCCAUUUUUUUAAUGUAGUGCUAGUGUAAGUGUGGCUUGUGGGUGUGUAGUGUGUACUUAGUCAGUUACACACCAAACAGUGCAAAGUCUAAGUGUUAAAAUAAACAUCUGACAUUUGUUUUAUGAUGACAUAUAAAUGUAAUUCACCAUGGUUGUACUUUGAGAUAAUCAAGUUCAACCAACAACAUUUCAUUAGAGUUGUCAUAUUUUUUAAGCAAUUUUAACAACAAAUUUUUAAUAGAAGGCAUUUAAAGUAAGGAGAUUGUAUUUGCAAGGAGACAGAAUCGAAAGUAUAUCACUUUAAGGGUAGCCAUAAAACUUGGAGUAGGGUUUCAGGAAGUUGCAAUAUUUCUUCUUAGCCAGGGGUAAGCUAAGCAGAAGGCAAAAAGAGUUAGCUUAAAACCACCCAUUAGACAGUUUCUACUGUUAAGUGUUCACUUUAUCAUUUUUCUACUGUUCUGCAGGUAAUAAUUCAUUGACGAACAUGUUAUCAGAAAAGCAGUUCCAGUGCUCCAUCUGUAAACAAGUGUUCAGUGAACCAGUCACGAUACCAUGUGGACACAACUUCUGCCAUGCCUGCAUCCAGGAGACGUGGGACUGUGAUGAGCUUUGUCAGUGUCCUACCUGUGAACGGUCCUUCAGCCCUCGACCAGAGCUGAGCAUCAACACAGCCUUCAAAGAGCUGGCGGAUACAUUUAAAAAUAUGAUUGUGUGCACGUCUGCGACGCCGUUGUCUUCAGCCCAACCUGGGGAGGUGGUGUGUGAUGUUUGCGCCACCACGUCCACCCAGGUCAGGGCCCUGAAGUCCUGUCUGGUGUGUCUGACCUCGUACUGCGAUGCCCACCUGGAGCCUCACCGGAAAGUGUCCACCUUGAAGCAGCACAGGCUGCUUGAGCCGGUGAAGAACCUGCAAGACAGGAUGUGUAAGAAACACGACAAGUUGCUGGAGAUGUUCUGCAGAGAUGAGCAGAGCUGUAUAUGCCGGUUCUGCAUGGAGACUGAGCACAAAGACCACCAGGCCGUCACGAUAGAGGUUGAAAGUGAGCAGAGGAAGAUCCAGAUGAUGCAGACAGAGGAUGUUUUCCAAAGGAUGACCCAGGAAAGACUGAACAAAAUUGACGAGAUCAAAAGCUAUCUGAAGCUCAGCAUGGUGAAUGCCGACAGAGAAAAGAGAGACAGUGAUCGUCUCUUCACAUCUCUGAUCCGCUGCGUCCAAGAAAGACAAAGUGACAUCAUCACAGAGAUUGAGGACAAGCAGAAGGCAGAGGAGAGGAGGGCAGCAGAGGUCAUUGAUAUGCUAGAGGAGGAGAUCAAGGAGCUGAAGAAGCGAAAUGGAGAGCUGCAGGAGCUAAAGAACACUGAAGACCAUCUGCACCUCCUACAGAAGCUGCCAUUGCUUACCUCCCCUCUACCUUCAAGAAAGUGGACGGAGAUCACUGUCCACACUGAGCUCUGUGUGGGGACAGUUAGGAAAGCAUUGUCCAAGGUGGACAUCACAUUAAAGAAUGAGCUGGACAGCCUCAAGAAAGAAGAGAUGAAGAAGAUGCAGAAAUAUGCUGUGGACAUAGUGUUAGAUCCCGACACUGCACAUCCGAACAUCGUCCUGUCUGCUGAUGGGAAGCAGGCUGGUCGUGCUGAGCUACUGCACAUUGUGCCUGACAUUCCCCAACGAUUUGACCCUGUCAUCUGUGUCCUGGCCAAGACAGGCUUCCUGUGUGGGAGGUUCUACUUCCAGGUCGCUGUGGGGACAAAGACCUUCUGGGACCUGGGUGUAGUCAAAGAGUCUGUCAACAGAAAAGGCAUGAUCACAUCCAAGCCAGAGAACGGCUACUGGACGGUGCGCCUGAGGGACGGGGAAGAGUAUCGGGCUCUGGACUCGCCCUCUGUCCUCCUGGCUCUAAAGGAGAAGCCUCUGACUGUCGGGGUGUAUGUGGACUAUGAGGAGGGCGUGGUGUCUUUCUUCAAUGUUGAAAAACAGUCUCAUAUUUACAGCUUUACCAGCUGUUUGUUCUCAGAGAGAAUCUUUCCAUUUUUCAGCCCAGGUGUUUCUGACGAAGGGAAGAACAUGGCACCGUUGGUGGUUACAGCAGUCAACCCUGAGUCUUAGACUUCUGAUGUGUCUACAGAAACUUAGGUUUUAUGAGUGAUUAAAAAAAUCAGUUAGCCUGAUAAUAAUAUGAAGAACAUGUUAUUAAGUAAGUUAUUUUAAAAAAUCUGUAUUAUUUAUGCAAACCUUGCUCCUUUAGGAUCAUAGCAUUUAUGGUAGACUAGAGGUUCUACUGGUAAAAAGAAAAUGAAGACCAAAGUGGCUCACCUAUCCAUGUUCUAAAGCAGUGCUUCUAGAACUUUUUCUACUCUGUACCACCUGAGAAAACCUUGAUCUCUCUGAGUACCACCAUGAUGACCAACAUUAGAAUAUAGCAGCAGAGGCCUUCACUGUUAGCUUC